CUAUCAAUAUAGAAGUUUUCCAACACAUACAAAUACUUUAUCAACGACAAUAUCUAGGUUUGUCCAUCUGAGAAACAUGGUGCAGAUUCAUCCUGUCCAAACAUUACCGGUAGACUCCGGCGUCAGAGAAGUCAAGAGCUCGCCGUACGUGACGACGGAGCAAGAGAGUUUCACGAUUUGGAUGAGAUCUCUAGUGUGCCAUAGCAAAGGCUGCACAGUUUAUGAUUCCAAAGGAAACUUAAUCUAUCGAGGGGAUAACUAUGAUUCCAAGAGUUGCGGUGAAGUUUACCUUAUGGACUUAUACAGAGAAGUCUUGUUUGAAUUUCAACAAAGUUUUGGAUUAUUCAAAUCUUGUGAAGGAUGCAACUCAAACGGGACAAGAUUUCGACUAAGAAAGAACUUCAAGAUUUCGCCAAGAGGUUCAUCUUCGUCUUACAAAGCUGUAAUGGAAUCUAGUAAAGAUGAUCAACAAUCUUGUUAUAAGAUUCUAAACCACAGAUCAGUUUUCAUUAUUGAAGAUGGAUCGGGAAGAUUAAUGGCAGAAGUUAAAAAGAAACAAUCGAACGUUAAUGGUUUGGAUUUUGGAGAAGAUGUCUUGACAAUGGUGGUGGAGCCACAAGUAGACCAUUCUUUCAUCAUGGGUAUUGUUAUAGCUUAUGGUCUUCUCAAAUGUAAAUUGUGAUUGAUUAUUUUUUGGACGUGACUGAGUUAUUUGUAAACUUAGUGUUGUAGAUGAAAUAUACAAGUACAACUAUUGAGAGAGCCAAGAGAUGCUAGAUCUUGUAUAUUAAAAAAGAAGUCACAACUUCUUUUCACGUGUGAUGUUUUUUAAAAUGUACAAUCCUUAGAAAAUCAUUAAUU